CUGCCGAACAUUGUUUUUGUGUGGAUGUAUCUCGCGCAACGAAUAUACAGCUAGUGUUUCCGUGUUUGACAGAGCACUUGGGUUUACGUUCACACUAAAACAGUUUUUAUGUAAGACAAUAUCGACACACCAGCCAUUACCAUCGUCAAGAAUCUAUGCUAGUCUGCCCAGAAGAACAGUUAUGGACUUACAACCAUCGAUAUGAUAUGGCCUUGUUAAAUUAUUAACAAAAUGAUAUUAGACAAUUUUGCAGAAGUUACCCAUACGUUGUCCGUGAUGGCAAAUGAGGGGUACAAUACCCUUGUUUUUGUUCCACUUAUAUCUCAAGAAGGUACUAAAUACCUUGCAGAAAAUAGUGUGUAACCGAAAAGGUAUGCAUUUUCGAAAAUACGUCUUGAGAUUUGAAUCAACUAUAUACAAAUUGUAAUGACAGAACAAGAACCGCAUUGCAGGUCGUAUCUCUAAACAAAGGCUGCUUUGACAAGAUUUCGACUUCUCUCACCAUGAGCCACUGUCACUGCUGUGCCUGUAUGAGGACUGCCAUUCCCAUUUCGAUACAUCUCACAUGUAACCAUGGCGAUUAUUAGGUUUGACAAGGUCGUGAAGUCACUGUUGGUGUUUUGCUUGUAGAACGACCGCCAUAUCCUAAGACAACACAUCCACAUGUAACUAUGGGACUACAUGUAACCAUGGCAACUAUUACGUUUGACAAGGACUUUGCUGUCAAUAGGAAGACUGCCACGCCCAAGGACCACACCUAUACGUAACCAUGGCGAUCGUCCCGCACAUGGGACGACAAGUCCUCUUUGCAGAACUGCGUGAAGCUUGUCGAAAACACCGCAUUGUGGGUGUUACGGGAAUGACAUCAGUGGGCAAGUCCUUCACGGUUCAACAGUUCCUCGAGGAAUGGGACAUGGAAAAUGAUGCCAGUAAAGGCUCCAGCAUCACCAUCGAUUUAGAAGACAUUCGCGACUGGAGCGAAUUCACAAGAAUGAUGUCACACAGAGCGUGGUGGGUAUCCACAGCAGACGACAGUGACAGUGAUGACGAUGACGAGGAACAGGCGUGGUACUUGAAUUUUGCCGUUAACGUCUGCCAAGCCAAUAUAAGGUUCAUCUUCUUUGACAAUGCGCAGAAUAUACUGCUCAUUGCACAAGACAAAUUUGACGAGAUGUGUCUAUCCGUUUUGAAAGGUUCUCCUGAUUGUCGUUUAAUUUACACGUCAGACUAUAGUGCUAGUCUGGACAAAGUCCAAGAGGAACACCAUCAGCUGGAGUUGCAGCCCUUGACGGAAGAAGAGUCAGCGUGUCUUCUUGCGCAAGCAGCGCCCUCUGUGCCAUUUGAUCGUCAUCUCCGGAGGAUUGCAGAUAAAUGUGGAGGUCUUCCUUUAGCACUUCUUUUUACAGCGUGUGAGCUCGAAACUUCACCCGCGGGAAUCACCACCGAGGAUUUGGAUGUAAUUUUCUCCGAGAUGGGCAUCAAGACAUUCUGCCAGGAAUCGUACGCAGACAGAGAACGUGUUGAUCUUGUUCUCUUGCGUCCAAUUGCCAGACUUCCCGAGAUUUUCCGUGAUCGACUACUCAUACUCGGCUUCAUACCCGGAUCCUUCUGCAUUCAGCAUGUUCAGGACAUGUUAGGUGACGACAGUAGUACAACUACCUGUGACGUAUUACGAAGAAGCCAUAUCUUGUUCAUUGAUACUCACACUGGUCGCUUCAUCAUCCACAGGCUAACAAGGGAUUGCAUAACCACUUUCUUCACUGUGCAUAACACAAAAGAAAUUCGCGAAAGAUUCUGCCGGACGUUUGCCUCGACGAUGCACAAGCUGGGCAUCCAGUACGAGUCUACGGACGUCGAGCAGGCGUUCGCUGAACUCCGCCACGAACUGCCCAACCUGAUGAAGCUGUUCGGACAGAUCACGGUGAUGUACACAGAAAUACCCGACAACCUGAAGCAGAUCUACCCAUUUCUCGUCACACUCACAGCAGACGCCUAUCUCCUUAUUCAGCGGGUUUUGCAAGGCAGAUGUCUCCAGUUUUAUGAAAUAUGUUUGGAGCUGUCCCGAUCUUGGGGACAACGAAACGACGAAGCAGUUUUCUUGAUGGUCAAGGGGAAAGCACUCAGCAACCUAUUGGGUCGACCUCGAUCAGGUGAGCGAUUUUACCGACAGUGUCUGAAGGUUUUAGAGGACUGCCCACUGAACAAGAUGCACGUCAUUGUCUAUCAACGAAUGGGGUGGAAUCUGUACAUGCAAGGGAAGUUCAGGAGAGCUAUUAAGUACUUGAUGGUGGCCGAUAAGUUGGAACGGGAACUAGAUAUGGAUGACGUCACGGUGUUGCGCACUCUCAAUGCACUGGCUGUCACACACACAAGUCUCGGUAACAUGGAGGAAGCCGAACAUUAUCACAUGUUGUCAAUGGAUCGCAGAAAAGCCAAACUGGGAGAACUUCAUCCUUUUUAUGGUGCUUCUUUACACAAUUAUGGCAAAUUCUGUUUCAUGAAAGGCCUGUUCGCCGAGGCGUGGCACAACUACACGGCAAGUUACGACCUGAAGCUGAAAAAGAGACACAUCAUUCGAUCGAUCAUCGAUACACAGAACAGCAUGGCUAGGUUCCUUGUACACCAGGGGCAUCACCAACAAGCACUGGACAUCCUGGACGACGCAUGGCUCAGAUUAGAAAGGUCGCACAGACUUUAUGGAUACGAACAAGGUCUUCUGCUCAACUCGUACGGCUGCGCGUAUGUCCAACACCAGAACUACGAAAAGGCAGUUGUCUCCCUUCACCAAGCCAUCGCUCAUCUGGAAUCGGAGUAUCCCGAACAUGUGUACCAGUUUGAGAACUUUGUAAAUCUGGCUAAAGCAUAUAUGCAUCUGGGACGAUGGGAUGGGGCAAAGGAGAUUAUAAAUCGAGCGCUAAGUAUUCAGAAAUUGCUCAAAUACAACAAGCCAUACUCGUUACUUCUGCUGGAUUGUCUCAAAGUCCUUGGAGAUAUUUUCAUCAAGACUGACGAAUCUCAGCAAGCUGUGGACGACCUUCAAGGAUAUGUGGAAGAGGAGUUGAAGCGACUGAUUAAGGCUUACGGUAAUUACCCACAGAUACCACAUUUUGUCUCCACCAGAUCAGAGUUGAGUUCCCAAUUGAUCUAUAUUCAGCAAGUUGGUUUGCGCGAUCAUAAACAGGACAAACGAACAGAAAUCCAUGACAUUCACCAAGGCGGAACUAAUGUCCCAUUUGCUGGGCAUCCAGCAUGUGAAUAUUUGUAUUUUCAAACAGGCAGCGACUCACAAAUAGGACAGACGAACAUAAAUCCACGAAAUUCAUGAAGGCGGAACUAACGUCCCAUUCAGCAAGUGGAGUUUUGUAUUCUCAAACAGGCAGUAGAACAUAGGGUAUUAAUGAGAUUACCAAGACGGCGAACUGAACAAUUAUGCAACUGGUCGAAAAAAAAAUUAUGACAGCAUGGUAAACCUCAUAUUCGCAAGCCAUGGAUCCUAUUCCGUUUUGACUCCAUGCUUACGGGAGUAGUGUUAUCGACUUGCGAAUGGAUGUAUGGGUAAACUGGAAAACAGUAAAGUCUUGUCAUUUAAAAUGUCGGUCUGUGAAAAUGUCAACACCGACUUUUUUUUAUCAACUUGCCUAAGUAGAUUGUAUUAAUAUUCGGGGCCCCUUUAUUUGAAAACCCCUUGUUCAAGACUGACAUACAUAGAAUCUCAAAUGUAUUUUACGUACGAUUCAUAAACGUCUUGGAAGGUAAACCCGAAACUUAUUAACAUUAUGUCAACUUGUUACUGAAUACACAUAACAAGAUAUAAUAAACAUUAAAAAUCUCUAUUAAAUAACUAUGAUAAACAAGUUUCAGUUACUAAAUAAAUGUACAUAUUAUUAAAUAAGGACAGACAUUUAAAUACUCUUUGAAAUUCGUUACAACGUUUAGAAAACCACAUGAGUAUUAUAAUGUUUCAAAGUGUCUAUGUUUAUCUUUUUGUGUGGUAGCAUUUUAUAAAACAAAAAUAAGCCUAUUCCAUCUAUAAAAAGAAAUAAUAUGUUCAGCAUGUUAUUUGCAUAUAUUAACUGAUUACCAUAAUGCUAAAAUGGUUUUCUGGUUUAUCAUUCAGGGGUUUUAAGAUAGGCAUGAAUAAGCAACAUUACAACAACAAAUAAUAACAUACGAAAAACAUUAGCUUGGGUAGAAUUUUUAUUUAAUGUUACUGGAACUUUAAAAAGUUAGUAUUUGUGCUAUUCUACAACGCAUUUAUUAACCAAGUUAUUUUACUAAGUAUUGCAUUUUAUACUGAGUGACAAAUGAAAUGCAAGUAAAUACAAAUAUCAUGUGUAUAAUCCCCAGUGUACAUUACCAUAUUUAAUUAAAAAUAUGAAUUAAAACAGAAACUCUCUUCCAUUAUAAUAUAACUAUAUCUGUCUGAAAUCACAAAAUCGUAACAUUUCAAUGUCAUGUCUAUUUUAAAUCAACAUCUAAGAGAAAAUAUUUCAUUAUUAGUAUGCACAUGCAUUUCUUUUGUCUCUUAAUACAGUAUACCAUAACAUUGCCCGUCACACAAUUAACAGUAUUACAUUGUUUUGUUUAUAACACAUUUUAAUAUAUGUCUUGUUUUAUUAACAAUUAUGUUUCAUUCUUUUUUCAUCUUUAUUAUUUUAUUUUUUUCGAUUUGAUUUUUUGUUUGCUUUUGGUUAAUAUUUAGUGGGCAUUUUGUUUAUGAAUGAUUUUAUCCAUGUCAUGUAUCAGUUACUUUGUUAAAUAUUUUAUCCAUUACACAUUUAUUCGCCGUUUUGUUGUUAGUUAUUUAAAAAAAAUUAAUGUAUUUUGUUUUUAUUUUUUUUAUUUUUUUGAUGGGGUCUUUUUUUUUUUUGGCGGGUAUGAGUGUUCUUUGUUAUAUUGUGUUGGGGUCGUUGCUGUUGUUGGUUCUUGUUUUUGUUUUUGUUAUUUAUUUUUUUUUUUUUAUUUUUUUUGGGGGGGGGGUUUUUUUUUUUCGGGGGGGAGGGGUGGUGUUUGUUUGCACUGACAGUUCAAAAGGUUGCAUUUCAAAAAGGUAUUUAGAAAAACGUCAUAUUGUCAAACAUCUGGCGUGCACAAAACGCUCCUAUUAAGAUCCGGUCAUUAGCUACUAUAAACAUCAGGACUAGUGGUGUAACUGAACUGAACUGAACAUUUAUUUCUCUCAGGCCGUAAUCCACGGCAUAUGAGGAACAAUAUAUAAUACAACAAUUCACACUUUUUAACAAGAUGACAGAGUAAAACUA